GUUGUGGCGCGCGGGAACCUGGGGUCCUGCAGCCUCCCGAGCGCGGGGAGGCUGGGUCGGGUCCCACCAGCUGCCGGCGCCCCUGCCCCCCAGACCUGGCUUGGGGAGCGGAGCGCGCAACGCGCGGGCACACGGCUGUCGGAGCGCCGAGGCGGUACCUUCAGCCCAGCGAUGAGAACCCUGGAGAAUCAAGCCGAGCUGGGGGAGACGUUUCCUGCAGCCGCGCUUGUUGCCGCCGCCGCGGCUGCUUAAACUCCCCCAAAGUUGCUAGCAGGCGAGAGGCUGCCGCCCGCUGGGAGCUGGAGGAAAGGAACUGGGAAGAUGUAAGAGUGACAGACGGAAACAGACAGACGCACAGACCUUCAGAAGACACCAGGGUCGGCGGCGGCCUAUCCCCAGAAUCCGUGAGGCUUCCUAGCUCUGUUCCCUGGUGGGUGGCUGAGCUGGUGCAAAGGCCUGAAGAGUCUUAGAAGCGACCAUAAUGUCUUUCCGUUUGCAUACACUGCCCACCCUGCCUGGAGUUGUCAGACCCGGCUGCAGGGAGCUGCUGUGUUUGUUGGUGAUCACGGUGACGGUGAGCCCAGGUGCCUCUGGGCUGUGCCCCACCGCUUGCAUCUGUGCCACUGACAUCGUGAGCUGUACCAACAAAAACUUGUCCAAGGUGCCCGGGAACCUGUUCAAGCUGAUUAAGAGACUGGAUCUGAGUUAUAACAGAAUCGGGCUGCUGGAUUCUCAGUGGGUUCCGGUAUCGUUUGUAAAGCUCAACACCCUCAUCAUCCGUCAUAACAACAUCACCAGCAUUUCCUCAGGCAGUUUUUCCACAACUCCAAAUUUGAAGUGUCUUGACUUAUCAUCCAAUAAGCUGAAGACUGUGAAAAGUGCAGUGUUCCAAGAGUUGAAGGUUCUGGAAGUGCUCCUUCUUUACAACAAUCACAUUUCUUAUCUUGAUCCUUCAGCAUUUGGAGGGCUCUCCCAACUGCAGAAACUCUACUUAAGUGGAAACUUUCUUACACAGUUUCCCAUGGAUUUGUACGUUGGAAGGUUCAAGCUGGCAGAACUGAUAUUUCUAGAUGUUUCUUAUAAUCGGAUCCCUUCCCUGCCAUUGCAUCACAUAAAUAUAGUGCCAGGCAAACAGCUGAGAGGCAUCUACCUCCAUGGAAACCCAUUUGUCUGUGACUGUUCCCUUUACUCUUUGCUAAUCUUUUGGUAUCGCAGGCACUUUAGCUCAGUGAUGGAUUUUAAGGAUGAUUAUACCUGUCACCAAUGGUCUGACGCUAGGCACGCCCAUCAGGUACCUCUGCUCCAUGACAGCUUUAUGAAUUGUUCUGACAGUAUCAUCAAUGGUUCUUUCCGUGCACUUGGCUUUAUUCAUGAGGCUCAAGUAGGGGAAAGGCUGAUAGUCCACUGUGACAGCAAGACUGGUAAUGCAGACACCGACUUCAUGUGGGUCAGUCCAGAUAACAAACUGCUUGAGCCAAAUAAAGACAUGGAAAACUUUCAUGUAUUUCAUAAUGGAAGUCUGGCUAUAGAUAGUCCUCGUUUUGAGGAUGCUGGAGUGUAUUCCUGUAUUGCCAUGAAUAGACAGCGCCUCUUAAAUGAAACUGUGGACAUCACAAUAAACGUGAGCAAUUUCACCGUCAACAGAUCCCAUGCCCAUGAGGCAUUCAACACAGCUUUUACCACUCUUGCAGCCUGCGUGGCCAGUAUAAUUUUAGUACUUUUGUACCUCUAUCUGACACCGUGUCCCUGCAAGUGUAAAACCAAAAGACAAAAAAAUAUGCUAAACCAAAGCGGUGCCCAUUCAUCUGUUCUCAGCCCCGGCCCCAAGAGUGACACCUGCGCUGAGGAAAGGAAGACAGGUGCUGGGAAGAGAGUGGUGUUUUUGGAACCCCUGAAGGACACGGCAGCAGGGCAGAAUGGAAAGGUCAGGCUUUUCCCCAGCGAGCCGGGCCUAGCCGAGGGCAUCCUCAAGUCCACGAGGGUGAAAUCUGACUCCGAUUCAGUCAAUUCGGUGUUUUCAGACACCCCCUUCGUGGCAUCCACUUAAUUUUGUGUCUGUGUGUGUGUAUGAUGUGUUAAUUCAAUCUUUCCACGUUUAAGUUUAUGUGUCAUCUGCAAAAAAAACAGCAGGAUAGAUUUGUUUUGAAGUAUAACCAAAAGGCCUCUUUAGGCGGUUGAUAAGGAAAUGUGCUGAAACACGUUGGUUCCGGGGGUAUCAGAGAAAGAUGGAUUUGUUUUCCAAAGUAUAAAUUGUAGAUACACUAUGUUACUCUUUCAUGACACCGAUCCUUCCUGGAGGUGAUAUACCUGCCAUUCUCCAUUUACUCCAGCUUCUUGAAAGAAAAAAAUUAUUUCAUGUAUUAGUGUUUGUUAAGAGAUUAUUCAGACCAAAGUUGUGUUGUUAUAGAAAAACAUUAAUGUCUUAUUUCUUUCUGAAAAAUGUUGAUGGUUCAAGCCACAAUUGUUUAGAAAGCACAAAGUAAAGUUAGAUUUGGAAAUUAUUCAGUGAAUGUCAUCAUUUCAGAACAGAGUGAACAGACUGUGCUGGUAAAAUUUACUGGAUAGUGCCAUGUCCCAUAUGAUGUUAGAUAAAUACUGCAAUAAAGGUAUAUUUGUUUGACUGUCUUCACUAUGUAUAUUUCCUAUCCUUGUACAAAAAGAUCACAUGGGGAGUUUAAAGUCAUUUUUUGUCAUCGUAAAUACAUAAGUGUCAAUACCAAAGUGUUUGGGUAACUUCUUAAACUUUUGUUCUAGCAGACUAAUACUUGUUUCAUAUGCUUGUGUGUAUGUAAAUCUUAAAUUAUAUUAAUUAUUAAAUAGAUCCUACUGUACUGUACUUUGGACAUUGGAAUCAAUGUAAAUAUAUGUAUUGUAUGACUUGAUGUUCUGUUAUAUUUGACUAUUUAAAAACAUAAAUCUAAAAUGUUUUAUGUGAGUGAUUGUUUUGCUUUGUGUAAAGCACCUGCUAUAGCAAGUAUUUCUCCAAAGUUCUUGGAGUUGCAGUACACUGUUUAUUAUUUUUUAGAGGUGGAAAAACUCUAAAGUGUUCUACACCAUUUAAACCUUCUACAUCACAUUUACUUCGAUAUAAUAUGUAUUUCAGCCAGGUUUGGAAGAUACUCAAGAUGUGAUAUUGCAAUACUAGAGAGCCCAGCAGACUUGACUUUGCAUCUGCUGUGGGUAACUGAGGGUCCUUUCUGGACAGAGUAUACCUCAGCUGUUCAAUGAAGGCUUUAGGCUACAUAAUGUUUAAGGAUCAUUUCCUGAUGAUCUUUGCUCCAUCACAGACUUGAUGAAACUGUCCUCUAGUGAGGGGAUUAAGGGAGACUGAGGAUAGACUCCCCUUACCUGUGUAGCAAAAAGGAUCAUUUUGGAUCAUCGAGCCUGACUCCUUCCCUUUCUCAGGGAGAUGUGAAGCCAGGUUGCUGGCUGUCUCUGGCCACAUCAGGAAAUAGCGACAGGGACAGAGGGAGGAUUCAGUUUCAGGAUUCCUCCAGUGGAGCUAAUAGAGUCAAAAGAUCAGUUAAGUAUAACAGUGAGAGUGGAGAAGGAGCCAAAUGAUGAGACGUAAGAGUGGUUGGAAAAAAGCAAAGGAAUAUUAGGGAUGUUUUAUCCCUGGGGCUAAAAGAAGGAGUUUUAAGAGUUGGCAGUGGGUACUAAUGGUAAAUAAAGAGAAGUAGAUGAGGACGGGAGACCUGUCACUGACUUUGACUAUGGUGAUUUCAGGGAAUGGUGGCCACUUGUUGGGAGCUUAGAGAGUGUGCCCAGCCAGGCUUCAGAGGUAGACACUGGUCACCAAGGGGUGUAGGGGUGAGUAAGUGGCCAGGAUGGAUCCUUGGGAGAUAGAUGCAGAGCUAGAGAUUUGUGGGAAAAUU